CGUCACUUCCUGUUUCUUUAGGGGAACGUGGCUUUCCACGCAUAGCCCGUCUUCCCUUUUGCGUCUCUGCUGCAGCUGCCGGACCUGGAGUCGGACCCCGAGUGCAGCCUUGCCAUGGACUCGGCCCUCAGCGACCCGCAUAACGGCAGUGUCGAGGCAGGCGGCCCAACCAACGGCACGACGCGGCCGCCUUCCACGCCCGAGGGCAUCGCGCUGGCCUAUGGCAGCCUCCUGCUCAUGGCGCUGCUGCCCAUCUUCUUCGGCGCCCUGCGCUCCGUGCGCUGCGCCCGCGGCAAGAAUGCCUCGGACAUGCCCGAGACCAUCACCAGCCGGGACGCUGCCCGGUUCCCCAUCAUCGCCAGCUGCACGCUCUUGGGGCUCUACCUCUUUUUCAAAAUAUUCUCCCAGGAGUACAUCAACCUCUUGCUGUCCAUGUAUUUCUUCGUGCUGGGAAUCCUGGCCCUGUCGCACACCAUCAGCCCCUUCAUGAAUAAGUUUUUUCCAGCCAACUUCCCAAAUCGACAGUACCAGCUGCUCUUCACCCAGGGCUCUGGGGAGAACAAGGAAGAGCCCACAGCCAUGCCCUCCUCCGUCCAGGGGCUGACAGGUGGGAGGGGCAGCCCCGCCCCGGGGAGUGGACUUACCCGGCCUCUCUGCCCAGAGAUCAUCAACUAUGAGUUUGACACCAAGGACCUGGUGUGCCUGGGCCUGAGCAGCAUCGUUGGUGUCUGGUACCUGCUGAGGAAGCACUGGAUUGCCAACAACCUCUUCGGCCUGGCCUUCUCCCUUAAUGGGGUGGAGCUCCUGCACCUGAACAACGUCAGCACUGGCUGCAUCCUGCUGGGCGGGCUCUUCAUCUACGAUGUCUUCUGGGUAUUUGGUACCAAUGUGAUGGUGACAGUGGCCAAGUCCUUUGAGGCACCAAUAAAAUUGGUGUUUCCCCAGGAUCUGCUGGAGAAGGGCCUGGAAGCGGACAAUUUUGCCAUGCUGGGACUCGGAGACAUCGUCAUUCCAGGAAUCUUCAUCGCCUUGCUGCUGCGUUUUGACAUCAGCUUGAAGAAGAACACCCACACCUACUUCUACACCAGCUUUGCAGCCUACAUCUUCGGCCUGGGCCUGACCAUCUUCAUCAUGCACAUCUUCAAACACGCCCAGCCUGCGCUCCUGUACCUGGUCCCCGCCUGCAUCGGCUUUCCUGUCCUGGUGGCACUGGCCAAGGGAGAAGUGACAGAGAUGUUCAGCUACGAGUCCUCAGCGGAAAUCCUGCCUCAUACCCCGAGGCUCACCCACUUCCCCACAGUCUCGGGCUCCCCAGCCAGCCUGGCGGACUCCAUGCAGCAGAAGCUAGCUGGCCCUCGCCGCCGGCGCCCGCAGAAUCCCAGCGCCAUUGGAAGGUUCAAGAAGCUUAAAAUUGGCCUUCACAAGCCCAAGUCCAACCUCUCCCGUUUGCCGCUGCCCUUGCCACCUCUUGGCACCACCAGGCACAGAAAAAGCGGAGCAGGCAGCCUGUCUGAGGAGGGCGCACAGCGGGGCCGGGCCAAGUCCUGGAAGUUAUGAGGAGUCAAAUCCAAAGGAUCCAGCAGCAGUGACAGAAUCCAAAGAGGGAACAGAGGCCUCGACAUCGAAGGGGCUGGAGAAGAAGGAGAAAUGAUGCGGCUGGUGCCUGACCCUCUGAGGGCCAGACACACGGGCCCGCACGGCCGCAGUCCUGCUGAAGGGGAACGGCAGCUCCAGGAGAGGGGCAGGGGCAGCAGGCUCCCUCCAACAGGGCCUCCGGGGCCUGGUUCCCUCUCCCCCAUCUCUGGCCUCGCUCUGCCUCUCCCCAUCCCUGCCCGCAAAGGAAGCCCCCAACUGCCCCCACCCCCCCAGGUGCCAGGUGGGAAAAGUGGGUCUGAUUUUUAGACUUUUGUAUUGUGGACUGACUUUGCCUCACAUUAAAAACUCAUCCCAUUGCCCGGGCA